AUGGCUGGGAUUUUCUACUGCGUCCUCUUUUCAUUUCUCUUCGGGAUUUGCGACGCUGUCACCGGUUCCAGGGUGUACCCCGCGAAUGAAGUUACUUUAUUGGAUUCCAGAUCUGUUCAGGGAGAACUUGGGUGGAUAGCAAGCCCUUUGGAAGGAGGGUGGGAAGAAGUGAGUAUUAUGGAUGAAAAAAAUACACCAAUCCGAACCUACCAAGUGUGCAACGUGAUGGAACCCAGCCAGAAUAACUGGCUACGAACUGAUUGGAUCACCCGAGAAGGGGCUCAGAGGGUAUAUAUUGAGAUUAAGUUCACUUUGAGGGACUGCAACAGUCUUCCGGGUGUCAUGGGGACUUGCAAGGAGACAUUUAACCUGUACUACUAUGAAUCAGACAACGACAAAGAGCGUUUCAUCAGGGAGAGCCAAUUUGCCAAGAUUGACACCAUCGCCGCUGAUGAGAGCUUCACCCAAGUGGACAUUGGUGACAGAAUCAUGAAGCUGAACACCGAGAUCCGGGAUGUAGGGCCAUUGAGCAAAAAGGGCUUUUACCUGGCUUUCCAAGAUGUGGGAGCCUGCAUUGCCUUGGUAUCGGUUCGUGUGUUCUAUAAGAAGUGUCCACUCACAGUUCGCAAUCUGGCCCAAUUUCCAGACACCAUCACAGGGGCUGAUACAUCUUCUCUGGUGGAAGUUCGAGGCUCCUGUGUCAACAACUCAGAAGAGAAGGAUGUGCCAAAAAUGUACUGUGGGGCAGAUGGCGAAUGGCUGGUACCCAUUGGCAACUGCCUAUGCAAUGCUGGGCAUGAGGAGCGGAGUGGAGAAUGCCAAGCUUGCAAAAUUGGAUAUUACAAGGCUCUCUCCACGGAUGCUACCUGCGCCAAGUGCCCACCCCACAGCUACUCUGUCUGGGAAGGAGCCACCUCAUGCACCUGUGACCGAGGCUUUUUCAGAGCUGACAAUGAUGCUGCCUCUAUGCCCUGCACCCGCCCACCAUCUGCUCCCCUCAACUUGAUUUCAAAUGUCAAUGAGACAUCGGUGAACUUGGAAUGGAGCAGUCCUCAGAACACGGGUGGUCGCCAGGACAUUUCCUACAAUGUGGUGUGCAAGAAAUGUGGAGCCGGUGACCCCAGCAAGUGCCGACCCUGCGGAAGUGGGGUCCACUAUACCCCACAGCAGAAUGGCCUGAAGACCACCAAAGUCUCCAUCACUGACCUCCUUGCUCAUACCAAUUACACGUUUGAGAUCUGGGCGGUGAAUGGAGUGUCCAAGUAUAACCCUAGCCCAGACCAAUCAGUUUCAGUCACUGUGACAACCAACCAAGCAGCACCAUCAUCCAUUGCUUUGGUCCAGGCUAAAGAAGUCACAAGAUAUAGUGUGGCACUGGCUUGGUUGGAACCCGAUCGGCCCAAUGGUGUAAUCUUGGAGUAUGAAGUCAAGUAUUAUGAAAAGGAUCAGAAUGAGCGAAGCUAUCGUAUAGUUCGAACAGCUGCCAGGAACACGGAUAUCAAAGGUCUGAACCCUCUCACUUCCUAUGUUUUCCACGUGCGAGCCAGGACAGCAGCUGGCUAUGGGGACUUCAGUGAGCCCUUGGAGGUCACAACCAACACAGUGCCUUCCCGGAUCAUUGGAGAUGGGGCCAACUCCACAGUCCUGCUGGUGUCCGUCUCAGGCAGUGUGGUGCUCGUGGUCAUUCUCAUCGCGGCUUUUGUCAUCAGCAGGAGACGGAGUAAAUACAGUAAAGCAAAACAAGAAGCGGACGAAGAGAAGCAUUUGAAUCAAGGUGUUAGAACUUAUGUGGAUCCCUUUACAUAUGAAGAUCCCAACCAAGCAGUUCGAGAAUUUGCCAAAGAAAUCGACGCAUCCUGCAUUAAGAUUGAAAAAGUAAUAGGAGUUGGUGAAUUUGGUGAGGUGUGCAGUGGGCGUCUCAAAGUGCCUGGCAAGAGAGAGAUCUGUGUGGCCAUCAAGACCUUGAAGGCUGGCUAUACUGACAAGCAGAGGAGAGACUUCCUGAGUGAGGCCAGCAUCAUGGGACAGUUUGACCACCCCAAUAUAAUUCACCUGGAAGGAGUCGUCACCAAAUGUAAACCAGUAAUGAUCAUAACAGAGUACAUGGAGAAUGGCUCCUUGGAUGCAUUCCUCAGGAAGAAUGAUGGCAGAUUUACAGUCAUUCAGCUGGUGGGCAUGCUUCGUGGCAUUGGGUCCGGGAUGAAGUAUUUAUCUGAUAUGAGCUAUGUGCAUCGUGAUCUGGCUGCAAGAAACAUCCUGGUAAACAGCAACUUGGUCUGCAAAGUGUCUGAUUUUGGCAUGUCCCGAGUGCUUGAGGAUGAUCCAGAAGCAGCUUAUACCACCAGGGGUGGCAAGAUUCCUAUACGGUGGACUGCACCAGAAGCAAUUGCCUAUCGUAAAUUCACAUCAGCAAGUGACGUAUGGAGCUAUGGAAUCGUUAUGUGGGAAGUGAUGUCGUAUGGAGAGAGACCCUACUGGGAUAUGUCCAAUCAAGACGUGAUUAAAGCCAUUGAGGAAGGCUAUCGGCUACCCCCUCCCAUGGACUGCCCCAUUGCACUCCAUCAGUUGAUGCUGGACUGCUGGCAGAAGGAGAGAAGUGACAGACCGAAAUUUGGGCAGAUUGUCAACAUGUUGGACAAACUCAUUCGCAACCCCAACAGCUUGAAAAGGACAGGGACGGAGAGCUCCAGACCUAACACUGCCUUGUUGGAUCCAAGCUCCCCUGAAUUCUCUGCUGUGGUAUCAGUGGGUGAUUGGCUCCAGGCCAUCAAAAUGGACCGGUAUAAGGAUAACUUCACAGCUGCUGGUUAUACCACACUAGAGGCUGUGGUGCACAUGAACCAGGAUGACCUGGCAAGAAUUGGCAUCACAGCCAUCACGCACCAGAAUAAGAUUCUGAGCAGCGUCCAGGCGAUGCGGACCCAAAUGCAGCAGAUUCAUGGCAGGAUGGUUCCCGUCUGAGCCAGUACUGAAUAAACUCAAAACUCUUGAAAUUAG